AUGCUCCUGGGCAUCCCAAGUGACUCCUUUGUACACGGCGAGGUUGAGGUUGUCUUCCUCUCCCGCAAUGCAACCUCCCUCAUCCAUCCUCUGGAUCAAGGUGUGAUUCGCUGCUUCAAGGUUGCACACCUGAAACUCACCUUCUCCCGGCUUAUCAACACGAUGGAUGCCGAUCCAGUUCUUGGCCUCACGGCACGCUGGAAGUCUUUCAGCAAUGCCCAUUGCAUCACCGACAUCAAACAGGCACUGGGUGCAACCAAUCAUGGGUGA